UGUGUUUAAACAAUGUCGACGACAGAACGUUCUGUGGAGCCCAACAGUUCACUUACUGAUAAAGUCCGUUCUGGGACAUCACCGACGCCGAAAAACCGUCGAGAUAGAUUUUCUUAUGGGUACAAAAAAUCGAGUGAAGACGCAAAGAUAAGAAUUCAGAAAGACAUCCUUGACAGUUUGAAGGAGAGCGACGGUCUUCCAGCACUUGUCUAUCCACAGGAUUACAUAUUUGAUAUCGCACAUUUACGAACUAACGGUAACUUGGGAGAACUCAUUGAUGAUAUGUCCAAUAUUGCGAACCCUGAAGAGAGAUUCGAGAUGGUGAAAUCUGAGAAUAGGAUACUCCGUGAACGAUUACACAAUGCACUUCAGCGUGAGAUGAAAGCCAUCAAGACAUUUCAAAAGCUCGCUCAUGAUAAUCGCUUGAUGCAUUUGAAACUGAAAGAGUACGAGAAUGUGAACAAAGCAAGAUUACUGAAUUCUGGUAAAAAACAGAUGAGCUUUACAGCUUCUACUUGUGAAGUUUUUUUUAUGGCUAAUACGCAGUGAUCGUGUGUUUCAUUCGUAAAAACGCACAAGAUGUAACUGCUAAACUGCUACCAAGCCGAUAUCAGAUUGUGUUCACUUCUAGGUUGUUGAUAACAAUUCAGGGUUAAUUUGUUAUGCUUGUUUGAGACUUUAUGAGGAAUCGCAACCUCCAGAAUGCUAGAACGAUACUCUAUUAGUUGACCCCUUCCUCACUGGGUUCGACUCCUGAAAUAUGCAGUUUUUUUAUUAUAAUUUCCUAUGCGAGAAGAUGCUUCCACUUGAAUCUACCAAGAAAUCCCAUGGUGUCCUUUUUUAUAGAUUAAUUUAAUGAAAAACAUCAGACUAAAAGUUAACUUUACCUCACGAGUGCUAAAGUAAAAAUGUCAUAUAUUCCAGGUGAUCUGACAGUGAGCAAAAGGACUGGGACUAGCAACAGAAUAGAAAUCCAGUUUCGUACCUUUAAUCACUUGUCACGCCCUGAUUCUUUUGUGAAACUGUUGAAACUUUAUGUCUGUGUCAUGCAGAGGGAAAUGAAUGUCUGUGACAAAUUUGAAAUAGAAAUCUAAUACCGUUGAUGAGAUAUUGAGUAAUUUUAAACCAGAAAUGGAUUUCUAUUUUACAACUUGUGCCAGGCCUUUUCCGAGUUCCGAGAUCACCUGGAUUAUUAAUAAGAAGGCAGAAUUGAAAUUGUGAACCUCAUUAUCAUUCAUUCUUGGGUGAAUUGUAUUUAAUUUAGACAUCAAUGAAGAUGAGUCACCUUUAGUGAAUGGCAAUGAUUGCUCACCCACGCAAACUUAUAAUGGCAAACAUAGAAAACAUGCCAGGCUCAGUUUAGAGAAUACUCAAACCAGAACGACAGUUGACCAGAGUACUUCCACCAUUGACCUGAGCAAAACCCUCCGAGAUUUUGGUACAUCAACAGAGGACUUAUCCGCAGAUUUUCGUGGCACUGACGAGAACGUCAGGGAAUGUGAUGAUGAUUCUGAGGAUAAAACUAACUGUAAUGGAGUCAGUGAUGGAAAGAGCAGGUUACGAUCUCAAGAUCGCAGGGAGUUAUUUAAGACGAAAAGUUCGCCAAGUCUUAUGGAAGGUAAAAAAGCAUUUUCUAAAGUUCCUCAUUUUUCGGCUUCCUACCUUUUGAAAAAGAUUCUCAAAAUUCCUAACACAGCUAGACAAAUGCAAAUUAUUAAUUAAGGAAAAAAUAAGCAUGAAGUUGCAUUCUCCCGAGGGAAAUAGUUUUGUUUUCCCGAGAAUUUCAAUGUUUGAGAUUCGAAGGAAAAAACCAACAAUUAUAUUUCAUGAAUAAAGUGAUCAGUAUCAUUUUAACAAUAAAAGAACCUGCUAAAAAGCGUUUAAACAGCAUUUGCUGUUUCUUGUUCAGUAUUUUUCUUCUCUGUUAGAUACUGUAUUCUUUUCAUAAACUGGAAAAACUUUAUUUCUAUAAACUUUUGAGCAUUUAUGCACAUUUAUGUUGUUGCCAGGCGGGGAUACAUUGCAUUUAUCUAAAUCCACGUGACCACAAAUCAGCCAAUCACGUUUAGUUUAGGCACUAGUUAUAUAACAAGAUCGAUUAUAAUCAUUGCUAGAAACCACUAAGGAAAAUAAAUUAAUUAAAAUUUCGGUCGUUUUCCAAUGCUUGUUCCACAUCUUACCUCAUUUCUUCGCAUGUACGUCACAUUUUACAUCAUGUCUAUAGGUUAAUCUUCUAACUGACUCAUCUGUAGAGGCGUUUAAUAAAGAAUAAUAGUAUAAUAUGUAAAAAUAUUGGUGUUGAGAGACAUAAAAAAGAAGCAAGAUGACCGACAGCAGUCUAGGUAAUGUUUGUGAGAAAAAAACUAAGAAAAAAACCCGGCAAAACUUUUAAAUAUCAACUAAUUAUCUGUAUCUCAAAUAAAACAUACUUGGUUUUCAGCUGUAUCAUUCUUCAAUCAGUUUUGAAAUUUAUACGGUUUUUUAUCUGCGAAACUAGGCACUGACGAUGACCUGAUUGACUCGUUGGAAGUUCGGGCAAGAUCGGCCAGUUUGGGCAGUCAAGACAGUGAUCAUAUUGGUGACAACGGUUUUCCAAGGAAUAAAAAAAGAUCAGCUUCGAGUGGGACAAUCGACAAUUCUGUCAAUGUUGUGACUUUUCCACUCAAUAGAAUAUUAAGCGGCGAGAAGAGAAUUAUUUCAUUUCCAAGUAACUUGGAUGUGGUGAACGAGGAGUCAGAUUUUAAAGACAGCAAGUCUACUGUUAAUAGAAGUUCCUUAUCAAGCGAAAGUAAGUAACAUAUAUGAGGGUAUAAGUGUGUGAUACUUUGUCAAUGUUCUUUGCUGCAGCGUGGGCAAGGGUGCUAGGUAAUUUUGGACAAAUAGCCGCGUUGUAGAGAAAUUGUGAACGAGAUCACUGUCAGUUUUACUUCACCGACGUUUUCCUUGCUUGACCAACCCAAGAUCGAAGAAAAAAGUGAACAAAUAAAACAUGAAAGAUGAAACUGACAGUAUCUAUAUUGACUAUAGGCAGAUACCUAUGCUUGGUUUUUGGUUGAACACGCAGUAUUGACAGUAAAUUCCAUAAAUACGAUCAGUAUGUUUAGAAAGUUGCAGGAAAAUUGCCAUGUUUUGUCAUCUCAUUUUUUCUCUAGUGACUCAAUCGGCUUCAUCAGAUCUGGAAAGUAAUUCCCCGUGUCAUACACCAACUUUAAAGGUAAUGAAUGGUUUUAAAGUUGCAUUAAUUAAUAAUUAUUUAAUCAAUUAGAAACAAAGUGAUAAUUAUUAGGAAUAUUAGACUAUUAUUUAUUUAUCGAUUAGUUCAUUACUACUGGUAAAGCUAUAGGAAACAACAGGAAUACGGAGUUGGACUGCGGAGUGCGGAGUCUGCACGGUUCGAGAACAGUUAAUCGCCACGUGUUAGCCGAACUAUUCGUCAUACCGUUAUUUUGCACGCGAGUAAUCGGUAUUAUGAAUGUUUCACCAAACUCAAGUCGAGACAUUCCCUGCUGACAGAGGUCUCUAUUUGUGCAGGAAAGCGAAGAAGAAGAGACCUCUGCCUAGAUCUGACACGUUUUCUGUCGCGCAUGUGCAAAAAUUGCCAUGACAACAAGUGAUGUUCACCACGUGAUAUCAAACCGGUUUUUGCGGGAGCAACUUGGUAAUUCAAAGACUUACCGUAGUUUGAAGGCAAACAAAUGUAUCUCGGCCCGAUAAAACAGAAAAGAUUGCUUUCUUUUGUUCUUCUGUCACUGCUUUCACAGUUUCAUCUUUGCAAAUAUCAAUUACAUAACUUAGAGCACUUUCAAACAGCAUGAAAAACCUCGAAAUGACCACGCUGUACAAGCCGCCAUUUUGACACUACGGGCUCAAUGUCAUUACAGCGUAAUUCAGCUCUGAGCAUGCGUACUAUUUGUUUCUCUAAACCGGUUUCAGAACUUGUUUUACAAACUAGUUUGACUCGUCCACGAUCAUGGACUGAGAAAGUGUCAGAUCUAGGCCUCUGUGUCUAGGCAGAGGUCUCUUCUCUUUCGCUUCCCAGCACAAAUAGAGACCUCUGCCAGCAGGGAAGUCGAGACACAGUAGAAAGUUUCCCGAGCUUGGUACGUGUGUCGUUCCACUUGAAAUUUCCAAUGGCUUUCUGUUUAUAUUUAUUUGUAUGUACAGAAAUUUUCUUUUCUUUUUUCUCCGAAAUUUUCGAAAAUAGUAUAAAAUCACGCCAUAUGACGUCAGGGCCCCAAUGUAAACAAAUGAUCUGUAAUGUAAACAAAGGAUGUUUCCCAGAUGUGUGGUAUUAAUAAUUAAUACAUACAGUACCACAUUGUGAUAUUUUUUCCAGUGGGUUCCUGUGUUUGGCACCCGAUUGCCUAAUUUUGAUUUCUCCCUUGACAUUCUUAAUUUUCGUCUGUAUAGUAUUACACUAGUUACUUACGAAAAUGUGAGCGAAACCUUACUAUUCACCUUUAUGCAUUAUGUAAUAUAAUUUCUUCUGUUCCAUUUUUGUAGAAAAACUUUUCUGAAAACUUUCUUGCUCCACCGAAUGUUUCGCUUCAAGCACUUCAUAUUCAUUCCCAGUCUCUACCUUCAGCAUUGAAUACAAAACGAAUUCGAUCGCAUAGUAAUAUCGAAGGAAAUAACAAUGAUUUGACGUCAAAGGAAAAACAGGUGAUGGCUACUAAUAAUGAAUGUGUUUCUCUUUUUUUUACGCCCGUAUUCAUGGUUAUGCGAACGUGUCUCUCUGUCUGUCUAACGCGCAGCUGUAUUACCCUAGCUAGAUCUCAUGUGUGCUGGAUAGAAUUCAGCCUUCACUGACACCGAUUGCAGAUAUUUAAUAAUUAUUUCCCAAAGUGAGGGUGAAUAGUUGUUUUAGCAUAUACCGUGACAAAACAACAAUUUGUAUUUCAGUUCCCGUAUAAUAGUUAUAACAAUAUAUACAAGUAUACAACAAAACAGUAUUUGCAAGCUUUUAGUAAUUUUAUUUACUAGAAAUAGCUUCUUCGUGUUUGGCGAAACCGCAGCUUCGUUUAUAGUAAAAAAAUUUGCUCACGUCUCUAAUCGGAAUGAAACGGGAAGCCAUUUUGUUUUUGUCCGGAGGUGAAUAGUCUCUUUGGCAGAAUCACUUCUGCACAUCCACCAAGCAAUAUUAGUUGCAGUUCAAUUGGGGUUUCUUUGAAAGUAACCGGCCUUCCCCAUGCAAAGAUGACCACCAUUAUGUCAUAGUGUUAAUCCUCCAUCUCUCAGAGUGCUUUCUUCCAGUUGACUCUGAUUUGCAGAGUGCAUUUUGCUUUGAUCUAAUUUGUACAUUUGUCUUGCUUGCAUGCCAUUCGCCUUUUCCGUAUAUUUCCUUACCAAAACAUGUUAAGAUAACAUGGGCGCAGAUUAUUUUACUGGAAACAGAUUCAAAACUAACGCUCUAUUUUCGGAUCCUUAUUUUCCAGUCUACGUCUCCACGAUGCCCUCGGAGAAAUACGGCAGAUUUUCCAAGAUCUAAAUUCGUAGAACAUCACAUAUCAACAAGAUCUUUACCAGCUGAAUCUUCCAAAAGUGAUCGAAAGUCGAAAAAGAGCGAGAGUAGAAAAAAUUCUGAAAGAGCAAGUUCUUCCGAGGAUUCUGACAACAGAGAAAUGUCUACAUCACCAGCUACUGUAAGUUUCGAAUAUUCUGCUUACCUGCACGUUUAUUCAGUAUAGUACAUUUCCUUGAAUGUGGGCCGCCAUUGAUCAAAAUUAUCUGAUCUAACCGUAAUCAGUCUCUCCUUUCCUCACUUAAUGCUGAUAAUAUAUAAUGAUGCAUCCGCCACUCUGGGCUCAUUUAGUACCAGCGAGCAAAAUUCGUAACUUCAGAAUGCAAAAAUGCAUCAUAUUUUAGGUUUUUAAGAAGUAAAUAUUGUUAAAAUGUCAUGCAGGAUUUUAAAGAGAUUUUAAAAUGUGCUGGGGCUCGCGCAUUUUUAUCAUAUAUGUUCAAUAUGUCCGCCAUAUUUUACUAUACGGUUUCUCCGUCCAGGAUUGUACUUCAUUGCCAACUUGUAUAGUUGAUUUCUUUCUUGCGCAGGCAGUUACAAUAAACUCAUCUGUAAUAGGUUUUCGUUAAUUUACAAAACCAAUUCCUUCAUGCUUGUAGUUGCAUACAGAGCUAGCGAAAACUGGGGGAUAAGGUUGUAAAAAGGUACAAAGUGCAUUGCAUUACAAAAAUUUUAAAUGCAAAUGCUUCACAACUUUGAUAAAAAUUCCUCUCUUCUAAGGCUUCAAAAACAACCCACGCCAGUUGAACCCCCUCCCUCAUGCAAUAGCAAUUAGUUUCCGACGGCACAUAAAAAGAACCAUAACUGUGCAGAGAGGAGGAACCACAACCUUUCUCAUUCAGAAUCACUAUCGAUUUUAAACUGACCACUAGAUUCGAACUUUCUUGAACCAGGCGGCUGUUUUACAUUUGAGAAUAUUUUGGUGUUAUCAUUGUAAAUGAGAAUCAAAGAGGAUAAUUAUAAUGAGUACAUUCGCAGUAACACUUUCACCUUUUUUAUAGACACGACGUCGACGAAAUAUUAAGAACAGUCCAAACGAUGUUGCUAAUGAUAUUCGGAAAUUUCAAAAAAUGCUGAGCACCGGACAGAUUUCGCAGGUAACCCAAAGUUUCUUGAUAAAAUUACUCAUCAUGUUAUAGGUAAAUAGAAAUGUCAUAAAAUAACUUUAACAUUGUGGUCAAUCUGCAGUUGUCAGAGUGAGAAAAUAAAUGUAGGUUUAUAUAUGGAGGCAAAUAAAUGGAAUUGAGAGAUUUGGUUGAAUUUGCUUGCUGUUAUAAGCUAGGGCUAUUUAUGAGAAGUAAGAAAAUGUUAUCUUAAAAUUUUAAGCCAAUAAAUAUGUAACAACUUCAGAUGUAAUUCAUGAAAUCUUUUGAGUUGAAAUGUCAGGCACUAGAGGAGGAGGGGAGUGGUCAGGUGAUCGGCAAAUUAAUGAAUCCUUGUCGGUAAUAUACAAUUACUUUAUGGUUUGCGUGUUUGGAUGGCCUGAUCCUAACACCUGGGAAUGUUGCGAGAGUUAAGAAAAGCGCGCGAAACACGAGCCGAAGGCGAGUGAUUUUGCGCGCUUUUCUGAACUCGAGCAACAAUGGUAGCUUAACGUGACGAGCAAAGUGACCUCCGUUUUAUUUUGUGGUUAAAAUAUUCAUUUGUUAAUCUUUACUAAUUGUCUACUUAUCAUAAUAAAGCUAAAGACCUGCUUCGCUUCUUCGACGCAUUUUGAAAUUGGUUUAAAUUAAUCGAAAGGAAUUAUUUUGGAUUAUUUGUUGUUGCCUUGUAUCAUAUUUGUUGUGUCGCUGGCUAUAAUAUGGGUUUUUGGUUUACGCUAACAUAUCUUUGUCAUAGUUGGUGCUAUUCCUCUGAAACUUUAACAUUGGACUAUUAUUUGUGUUACUGUUCUCGUGUGUGAAUUUCGUGUCAUUUAAAUAUACAGUUCGUGAUUUAUUGUUCUUUUUAUUAUUUUGACCGUUUGAUCUUUCAUAUUUAAAUUUUGCCCGUCGUCGUGUUUCUUAGCAACAACCUAUUGGGAUUACGGUGUAUGAUAGCUAAUCUACUCGACCUUUGACUCCAACUCAACAACUGGUAAUUAACCAUUAUUACUCUGAGACUAAGUAGUAAUAUGGCAUUAAUUUAAGUGAUCACUUUUGGCAGACACUUCUACUUGUCCUCCUGAUUCAACAAAUCGAUAUAUGUUGUAUAAAUAGCUGUGAAAGUCAUCCAUUACUAUAUCAAAGUAAUAAUUUAAAUCUUUUUGUGGGUCGCCAAAUUGAGAACUCUUGGCAACUCAAACAUCUAUGAAGUUUUUUAGCGGACAAAAUAUCUGAAAUGUAUCAAUCGAGUUUAUGCGCUAUAAAUUGAUGUUAUGUGCUAUACAUUGAUGUUAUGUGCAAAUACAUCGAUGUCAUAAACCGAUACAACUAAAAGAUGAACCGAUACAACUAAAAGAUGAACCGAUACAAAUAAAAGAUAAAUCGAUACAACUAAAAGAUAAACCGAUACAAAUAAAAGAUGAGGAAACGGAAGUAAAUACCAAUAAAAGAUGAGGAAACGGAAGUAAAUACCAAUAAAAGAUGAGGAAGCGGAAGUAAAUCGGAAAAACGGAAGUUGAGCGACGCGGCGACAUACAACAAUGGCGUCUCUUGGACCACGCAUUUGGCUUCCUAAUACAGAAAACGUUUUUUGUGAAUUGGUUGAUUUAAUAAGAAAUGCUGAACAAAGUGUCGCACUCGUUCGUUGUGACUCGCCAGACUUUUAUUGUCGUAGAUUAGAAGAGUAUGAACGCACAUUGAGACUCAAUGAUUGAGUGUUUUAACAACAACGUCAGAACGCUUUUCACUAGAAGAGUCUUACGAUCGUGCGGUUUGUACGGCGGAAAGAAACGGGCUCGUUGGUAGGCCAAGAAUACAAGUCACAGAAGAUCAGUUAACCACAUUGCUUUUUAAGUUUAGAUAUAGGUAAAGAGAACCAUAUUGGUGUCCUAGUAAUAAAUUUAUGCCACAAUAGUCCCUAACUGUUAGAUAAAAAAUGUAGUGUGAAAUAUGAUAGUGUGAUGGCCUCGUGUUCAGUGGCACAAUUUAUGCUUGUGAAAAUAAUGUUGUAUUUGAUAAGCCUGCGAAUAAAAAAUAGAAAACCACUUGUAUAUGUAUAAAUGUAAACCUAAGAAAUAUAAGUGUAGGUGUAGACUUUUCGAACAUAAAAUUGGAGAUGCGUGUGUGAAAUUGUAUCUGUAAAAUAUCCUGUGGUGUAAAAAAAUUUCAUACUCGAGGAGUAUGAUCUCGCUCUACUAAAAAGCUUGUAUGGAGGCAUGUAAAAUAUAUAAGGCGAGAGAAGGAGAUAGCCAUGUGUGUAAAAUUCAGUAUCCCUGAAAGGCUGGCUGCGGCACAGACGCAUUAUUUGGUACACACCGUACAUACGAAUUCUGAGUACGUGAGAAUUUCUUCACGUGUUUGCGAAGAAUGCUGUAAAUUGGUUACCGCGUUUAAGAUUGACUGAACAAAAUCCUGAACAUUUGGUCUUCUGCCCUAUCUGUCUCUCUUCUGCCUAGCCCUAGUUUGGCCUGCAGUUCUACCCUUGUUUUUCAAUAUGUAUUCACCAGCUUGGCGCCACUACUUGGCACGCGCAAUUUUGCUGCGUCGCUCAACUUCCGUUUUUCCGAUUUACUUCCGCUUCCUCAUCUUUUAUUGGUAUUUACUUCCGUUUCCUCAUCUUUUAUUGGUAUUUACUUCCGUUUCCUCAUCUUUUAUUUAUAUCGGUUUAUCUUUUAGUUGUAUCGGUUUAUCUUUUAGUUGUAUCGGUUUAUGACAUUGAUGUAUUGGCACAUAACAUCAAUGUAUAGCACAUAACAUCAAUUUAUAGCGCAUAAACUCGAUUGAUACAUUUCAGAUAUUUUGUCCGCUAAAAAACUUCAUAAACAUCCCCAUCUUUCUGUUACUAAAGUACCUAGAAAAAGUAACUCAUUGCCAAUGGUUGUUGUCGGAGGCAAGAUUAUUUGUUUAUUAAAAUAUUCUCUAGCUGCUAUUAUCUUACAAAGAUCUGGUGAUGUCGCUGUUUUACUAAAUCCAGGGCCCAUCAAUGCUGGAAAUUUGUCGACUCACUCCCACCAUCCUAAUCUGCUCAAUCUGCCUAAUCCAACAUGUCACUCCUGCCAAGCGGUUAUAUUAUGGGAAGUUAUAUUUGCCUCUACAUAUCAACACCCAAGUAGAUUUAUUCGCUGAUGACACUACCUUACUCGCUGCCACUGAUUAUAAUGAUAUUAAUGAACUUAACGAGAAAUUAUCUCUGGAAGUCUCUAACGUUCAAAACUGGGCCAUUACCAAUAAACUGCCUCUCAAUACCACUAAGACUAAAACCAUUCUGAUUUCUGGUAAACGUCUUAAAGCUAAGCUUACUCCUGAAAAUCAAACUCUCGAUAUUAAAUUGAACGAUGAUUCAUUAGAACAAGCGCACACUGUGAAAUUACUGGGCUUUAAUAUUGAUGAAGAUUUAAACUUUGACACUCAUGUUGAUAUAAUGGCAAUAAAACUAUCGAAACGUAUUGGAAUAUUGAAGUCUAUAAAAUCCUACCUGCCUCGAAACGAACGUAUUCUUUUCUACAAUGCUAUGAUCAAACCUCUAUUUCUCUAUUGUAGUAUAACCUGGACAAACUGUAGUAAGAACAAUAUCACUAAAAUUUUCAAACUUCAAAAACGCUGUGCCAGAAUUAUCCUUGACGCUGAACCUCGCCAUUCCUCGAUUAAUCUAUUUAAUAAUCUUGGUUGGUUACCUUUUUACGUAGAGUCGGAUAUCAGAAAAUGUAUUAUGAUCUACAAGCGUACUAUUAAUGCUACUCCGGAGUACUUAAACAGACUGUAUUAAAUUUAAAUAGCCAACAACAUUCGAGGAACACUCACAGUGCUGAUUUAAGUUUAGUAACUCCGAAAUACAAUAGAGCUACUGAAGCAGGAAGAACUUUUUCUAUAACCGCUAUAGGCCUCUGGAACAGACUACCUUUAAGUUUCCGUUCUGCUAGCUCCAUUAACUGUUUUAAAUACUUAUUAUACCGGGUGGCCCAAAAAAAAGUACUCCUGUUUGAUUCGUAAUAACUUCUAAACAAGUAAAGUUUUUAAAGAGAAAUAACUUGCAUUAAAUAGAGGAAGGACUAACUUAGAUUUUGAUAUAUUACAGUUGUAUUUAACUUAAAAAUUCACGGAUAUAUUAAUGUUAAAAAUGGGGAGCAUAUUUUGGAAUGUGUCUAAAAUUAGCGAAAAUCGGCAUAUCAAAUAUUAACUCCAGCGUUUGUUUGCUUAAUGACAUAUUAGGCUAACUUGUAUUUCAGCGAAUUAUCGUUAAGGUUUGUAAGGGAUAUGGCGUAGAUUUAGACAUCUUACAUGUAAGUCUUAGCUCAUUGUUUCCUGAAAUAUGAACGUUCGAAAUUAUGCAAGUAUUUAAUAUUAGGUCUUUGCAAACUUAAAUGUACAUGAAAGACUGACCAUGGAAGGCAGGCGCUUAAAUUUUUCGUAUUCUUAAAUAGCCUAAUUUUUUUAUGUUUUUAAUGGGUUCAAACAGACUGAGUAGAUUAUUUCUCGGUUAGAGCAGGAUGAAUAUUCUUUAUUGAAGGAAAUAAUAUUGCUUUUUGCAAAUACACAUCACCGUAUCAACGCUACUAUUUUGUUACGUUUUGUUCCAAAAAUGUUGCAUGUCUCUGGGGAGUUGCUUAAUUGUUAUGUCUUAUGGAGUUGUAUGGUUUGAUUGUGUUUCAUAUAAUUCUCAGUUUACUCCAUGAACUUGCCAAGAUUAAGAAACGGCAAAAGAGUUUGGGUGUUCUUAACAAGAUUUCAGAACGUUGCAGAAGUUAGAAGAGCUUCACAAUUCCGUUGUGACAGCAUGCCCUAAUUCAGAACUACGAACGAUCCAAUGACGAUCCUUCGCGAUGCAGUGGUCUCAUGAAAUAAGGAAACGUAUUCGUGCUAGGAACACACGCGAAUUUCGGACGAAUGAAUCUUGCUUGUAUUUUGUAGAUAUAAUAAUACUUUGUUUCAUAAUAAACAAUUUGUCAAGUGUCAUUUAUUUACUGGUAAUAGUGCAUGUUUCAGUCGGGCAAAUCUUGAUUAAUAUUUGAUACGCCGAUUUUUGCAUAUUUCAGACACAUCCAGAAAUAUCCUCCCGAAUUUAAAGAUUAAUAUCUCCGUGAAUUUUUAAGUGAAAUACAACUGUAAUAUAUCAAAGUCUAAGUUAGUCCUUCCUCUAUUUGAUGCAAGUUAUUUCUCUUUAAAAGCUAUACUUGUUUAGAUGUUAUUACGAAUCAAACAGGAGUACUUUUUUUUGGGCCACCCGGUAUAAUUGCUUCCGUACGCACCAGAGUGAAUUUAAACAAUUUACUUCUUUUCCUGAUUUCAAAUUUAAGUAAUAUAUAAUUGUAAUAUAGCUAAUGUUCUCUUUUAUAUAAAUGAAAGUCAACUGAAUAUUGAUUUAUAACAUAUAUAUAUAUAUAAAUAUUGUAAAUAGACAACAGAUAUACUCCCUAAUUUUUUGUAAAUUUUAUGAGGGCCACAAGUUCAUUAGUACUUCGUACUAUUAAGUGUCACCCUCUUUAAAUAAAGCCGGUCUCUAUCUAUCUAUCUAAUGGUGGAUGACACUCAUAAGUGUGAGCAGUUUUUGAGGUUGACCAUCGCCUCGUAACACUUAUUGAAACACUCUACUAAAGAAUACUUUUCGUUUGUUGAUUUAGUUAUCACAUGAAAGUGACGAUGAGGAAGACAUACUGUAAGUACAUCCGAUGAUUACCAGAUGCUCAAUAAAGAAAUGAUAAACUUAGCGUGCACAUAUAUAUCUUACUCAAACUUACUCAAGAAGAGGUUGACACAUCCAAUCAUAAAACAUUAGAAUGAUUAAAUGGUCCUCACCGUUUAUACCACAUUUCCCUCAGUGGCCUCGUUUUCAUGUUCACCUGUUCUGGCAUGGUAGGCGCACAUGAAGGUGUAAUAUGUAUUUCGUAACAUGAAGUUUCACGCACGAAUAUAUUUCUAUGGUGACAACCUAAAUUCGCCCCAUUUUGCGAAGUGUCCACUAAAACUGAUAAUUUUGCAUCUUUAGUUAUGAGCUGUGUUUUUUUACAAGCAUAUGGAACUGUAGUAUAGACUAUAGUAGUAGGAUACUAAAUAAAUUAUGUUUGUUUCUAGUCAAGCAUACGAAGCAGCUCGAAGCAAGAGACAUGGUUGUAGGCGUGGUUCUGCUGUUGUGCAAUUGCCCACAUCUUCAAUGCAAAUGGAUCUUCAUGUCACAACAGAGCAACCGUUAGGUUGGAAAUUGAAAUUUUUACUGAAAUCAAAAAAUAUUUUGACUUAUAGCCCUUAGUGAUUAAUUAAUAUAUGAUUAAAAACAUCUUGAACAACAUUUAACAUCUUGAACAACGUAUAUUUAUACAGAAAAUUCUGAAGGACGCAAGAGACAGCUUGGGUCUCAUUUAGCUUUAGGUAAAGUAACACAACUUUGGUUAUUCAAUCUAAAUUCUGGCAAUUACAAUAAUUUUAAUUUUUGAUGUACCUUCGGAUCUUGCUCAUAUUACUGCUGAAAUACUGACGGGAUCUUGCCACCAUUUUGGCGAAACUGGCCAUAGCAAUUCAUGCUAUGCAAAUUUGUAAUGAUUUGCAUUAUUCAAACCUUUAGAAAUGUAUUGUCUUUAGCCUAUUUAGAUGCAGAUUUAUUAGCAUAGCAUGACCAGUUGCCAUGGCUAGCCUCGCCACUGAUGAGAAUUACACUGGGGGUAUAAAACCUUUAACUCAGACCUUCUCGCUUCUUUCGUUUUGCAGAGGAUAAACGAAGUUCGAGAUGGUCAUCACUAUUGAAAAAUAAAAAGAAGUUGGUAAGAGUCAUUAACAAUAGUUCUCAAAUCUGAACAUUCGGAGCCUAAUUCCAUAUUCUUCUACUGAUAUAGUUACUUCAGAAAGAUAGACUUCGUAUGUCAGAAGAUCUCAAGGAGUAUCUAUCAACUAUAUCCCGACCUACUCGUAUCGCUUCGGAAACUGAACUCUCACUAUACAGAGUAAGCACAUCGUUAAUUUUCUGAAUUUUCAUUUUUAUUUCAAUUACGUUUUGUUCAGCCUGACCAGAGCGUUGACUCAAUGUGACGAUGUAUGGACUACUAGUACAUCAAUGUGUACCGAAUCAACAUCUAAAUUCAUCUAAAUUCAUGGCGCAACCCUAACCCGAAUCAACAUCUAAAUUCAUCGAUUCGACACCGAAUCAACAUCUAAAUUCAUCUAAAUUGUUGAAUAUUCUUUUUUAUUAAAAAUUUAUAUUGACCUAAUGUUAAAAAAAAACUACAGUUAGGAGUCAUGGCACCUUCAGGCAAAGCCAAGGAAAAACGCAGGAACAUAUACUUUCUCGUGUUUUUCGAUACUUUCGUGAAAAGCAAUUUUUCAAAAUGGCGGUCAAAAGUCGAAGGACGAAGAUAUAUUAGCCUUUUCCCAAAAGAGAUCACAGUGCAUUCUGGGAUCGUUUGGAGGGACAAAAUAUAUGGUGACAUGCGUCUAAUUUGUGAGAGAGUAGAAGUAUCUACUAUCAAAUAUCAACUUUUUAGACGACCAAAAGUGAAAUAUCUCCUCUUUACAUUAAACAUUUAAUUUAAAUGUGUGCUGCCAUAUUUCUUGUCCCUCCAACAUGGGAUUCGCGCGACUAGAUCCAGGACUUUGGGAAAUGGCUAAUUGCAUACUGGCGUAUUUUCUUGCUUCAGAUCUUUUUAGAACGAUUUUAAAGUGUUUAUCCAAAAGAUGAAAAACUCUUUUCAAGCGAAGGCCCGUCGUUAGGAGGCCCGUCCUCAAGGCAGUUUACCAUCUACCUUGCGUGAUUUGAAUUUUCCUCCUGGAUGACACUUAUUUGAGUAACGUUCUUUUCCUCGUAGGAAACUCAUUGGACACAUUUAAUGAGUGUGACAGAUGAAACUGGAAAGUCAAGAAGACUAUCACAAGCUAACAAUGUUAGUUUACCUGAGUCAGAAAUGAAACGGCGCGAAGCAGUCUGGGAGUUAUUCCACAGUGAAGUUGUCUAUUUAACAGCACAUCUUCUUGUUCUUAAAGAGGUAUGUUUAACUAUAAUAUUGUACCUCAAAUUCAAAUUGUCCAAUAAAAGAACAACAUUUGUACCACGUGACAAUGUGAUUUUUUACGGUAUUUCACUCAAAUUCAUGAUUUCGCAAUGCAGCGUGAGAUACUAUAAUAUCCUACGGUAGAUCCACCGUGGGAUAUUAUAGUAUCUCACGCGUGACGCGAGGACACCACGCUCUGAAACAAUAUGAAGAUUUAUUGAUUUACAGAUUGAACUCUUAAAAACUAAAGGAGCAAUUUCUUCUAAAAUUUUUAUUAACAUGUUUCAUUGUUGAGAUAUUUCGUUUUCGUUCAUAAAGCAAUGCAACUAUUAAAAUGACGUAACAGUGACGUCAUUUACAUGUAAUGAGAUAUUAGUGAAGAUUCUUUAUCUUUAUUUUCAUCAAAUGAGAUUAUUUAAAGUUACCAGAAAUAAAGCUUGUUCCAAGUGAUUUCGUUUAAUAUCAUUAUUCAUGCAUGACGUCACAUUGGUUGCAUUGCUUUAUUGAAGAAAAGGAGUAUCUCAAAAAGAAGUUGUGGUCAAUCAUUUAAGAAAAUAAUUUUCUUUGUGCCCUAUGCACUUUAAUAAUUUCUUUUCAUCGAUUAGCCAACCACAGCUUCAUUGUUUCUUUAAGCGCCACAUCCAAACAGAACGUCCAACUGAUGUAUUUUAUGCCUGGCUUUGAUCAAAACUAAAUCUACUUCUACAUUUUCAGUGUUUUCUGGAACCACUUCGAGAUAUCCAAAAUAAAGGAUUUCUUGUGACUGUCGACGAUAAAAAGAUAUUUUCGAAUGUGGAGGAUUUGUGUGAGGUAACUCGUGCUUCAUUCACAACUUUUUGUCAGUUCUUUUUACAGUAUUUGUGCAUUUCCCAUUUCCUAACAGAAUAACAUAAUACUAUUACAAUUUGGAAACUUGAAGUAUUUUUAUUGCUCAACUACACAAAAGCUGACCGACGUGAUAACUCAAUGACGGAAAAUUAACAAAAAUUAUGUUUGCCUAAGUUGAAAGAAUGUUAAAACUAUUUACAAAUCUUUUUACCAAUUCUCCCAAACUAUCAUAUUUUGUUGUUGAGAUAUUUGAAACCAAAACAUCCUGCCAUCCGCCACCUUGUUUUAUAAUUAGAUCUAGUUAAAUGACGUCACAACCAGGGUAGACAUUUUAAAACUAAAAAAUAAUAUCAGUGGAAAGCUUAUACAUAGCUUAUACUUUAAUUUUAGAAUAGACAAUAGUAAAAAUAGGAUUUAGCAUUAAAAUGGCCUGAGAAUUGCUAAAGAUACGAAAUAUUGUUACCCUGGUUGUGACGUCACGCAUAUGAUGGCGGAAUACAUAAUGAUUUUGUUUGAAAUGAAGUGUGAUAUAUUUUAUACCAAGAACGAUACACAUAGAUAAUAAGUUUGUUCAUUCAAGACAACCCAUGUUUUCGCCCGCUAGGCGCUACAAGCCGCAAAGUAUAGACAAGUGUGUUGAAACGUUGGAUCGUAAAUGUAACUCGACUGGUCUCUGCAUUCAUUUACUGAAAAACCAGUGUAUCGAGCAAAACGUGACUAAUAGAUAGUAACUUGUACACUACUUUAUUUUGAGUUUUCAAACUUGUAUUUAAUUUUUGUAUUAUAAAGGGCACGUGUUCAUAGUUGUUUCAUUUUACACAUACAAAGAGUUUUCAUUGAUUUACUUUGUUUAGGUCAGUGCAAAGUUCGCCAAAGAUCUUCUUCAUUUAUUUAAAAACGAACAGAAAGAUCAAUUUGGGAGUACGGCGUCUGUAGUCACCGCUUUUACCAAGGUAAUUCUAUUUUUCUGUUUCGACCACGAUUGGCUGUUUCCUGUGCAGUCAAUUCAAGACGAUAGAGCAGAUUUUUGCAAUAAAAAAUGAGCCAAGGUGGAAAAGGUUUUUCUUUCUGGGAACCUGAGUUUAGGGCUCAAAAUUUUCUGCAAGAGAUUACAAUAUAAUAUUAUGGGGAUUUUUACCUUGCAUGGAUUAUGUUCUUUAAGAUGUGUUGUCGUAUGAAGUACUAUAUGGCUUUAAGGCUGAUAAGGGAUGGACCAUUAUUUUUUGGGAGGGGGGGAUGGACAUUUUGUCAACGCAAACAAUUUUUUUUGGUGUUGUUGUCGUUGCAAACAAUUUUUUGCGCCUGCUUCCUUCUGCAAACAAUUUUUUUUGUCCAUCUGAUUGCUGUGGAUUUCAUUAUAAAUUGAUAUAUAUAGUUUAAUUUGUGCCCUAUUGCAUGUGUGAUCGAACAACAUGUGGUGUUGUCAGAAGUAUAAAUUUAAUAUGUAAACAGACAUUUAAUAGUUUUUUUUGUAUACUGGUCAGGGCCUUUUUUAAGGAUUUUCCUGUGGGGGGCAUUUUUUGAAAAGAGACCUUUCUGUGAGAUAAUAUAUUAGAGGGGGAUAGUAGAUGACUGUAUUCAAUAGAUUAAUAUUUAUAACCCAUAUGUAGAUUGCGACAUGUACCCAGCGUCUUCCAUCCCAGGGCUUUUCGGGUGAAGACCCUGGGUAUGUCGGUGAGCACUCUGUUCAUUGUUAUUACCUCCGCCAGGAGGUUAUGUAAUCAUCUGGGUUUGUAUGUGUGUGUGUGUGUGUGUGUGUGUGUGUGUGUGUGUGUGUGUGUGUGUGUGUGUGUGUGUGUGUGUGUGUGUAUGUGUGUGUGUGUGUGUGUGUGUGUAUGUGUGUGUGUAUGUGUGUGUGUUUGUCUGUGAGCACGAUAACUCAAGAAAUACCAAACAUAUCCGUACAAAAUUUUGUGAGUGCAUUUCCCAUCGGCUAAGGAAGAACUGAUUAAAAUUUGGUUGAAUUUGGUUAAAAAUUGAAUGAGAAAUAACAAAAGUUUGUCUUGCUUUUCCCUGUCAAUUAAAUAAAACUUUAUACUGAAUGCGUAAUUAGGACGUGCAUAAUAUAUGCACCAGCCAUUCAAAUUCUAAUAACAAUAGAUUACUUCAAUAUUUUGCGCGUAGGCGGAGGUAUGCAGUCUCUGAGUGCCCUCUAGUUAAACCUUGGUUGAUGUUGCAUAAUCUCAUUAGCUUGCAAACUAUUUUUUUCCUCUUCUCUAUGUGUGCAAACAAUUUAUUUGCACUUUUUUGUCUUUGCAAACAAUUUUUUUAAGAAUUUUCCAUCCCCCUCCAAAAAAAUAAUGGUCCGUCCCUAAGACACACAAAAUAAAUCUGCAUGAAGUAGUCAUAGUAGCUACAGUCUUACAGGAUUAAAAACAAAUUCCCUACUGCAGGUUUUAUGAAUAUUUUCGUUCCGAAAUGUUCCGCUGUAAUUUAGGUAUCGAGUUAGUAGAUUCAUCUAAGCUACAGAUCUACACGGGCAAUAUUUUUCUUGCGACGGCAAUGCAAUGGUGGAAACAUCGUUGCAUUUGCUUGUGUAUUAUGCUCUGUGACGGCAAAACUUUGUGCAAUCAUUGCCAAACUUUCAAAUCAUUUGAUUUUUGGCAAUGAUUGUCAAAAAUUGGGAGGUGUGGUCAUUGAAGGUCAAGGUUGAUGAUUGACACGUUUCUUGACCAGCCAAUGAAAAGCGUUAUAGAGACGUAUAUUCCAGGUGAAAUAUUGCAGGUGUAGCUAUCUUGUGCGACGGCAAUAUCAUCUGGAAUAUACGCUCUUAAAAGCAUUAAAGAAUAUGUUGAUCAAAAAACACUCGUUUCCGUAUACAAUGCUAUAAUUCAACCAUACUUUAGCUACUGUUGUGAAGUUUGGAAUAUAUUUGGUGAAACGCAAUCCACGCGUCUCCAAAAACUUCAUAACAGAGCUGCUCGUGUAAUAGCAUGUGUGCCUAAUGAGGUAGAUCAACAACUGAACUGUGCUAAAUAUAUUAGGAUGGUAGUGAUGGGCGAUACCAGGAUUUUUAAUUUGAUACCGAUACCGAUACUUUUAAGAUCGGUAUCGGCCGAUACCGAUACCUAUUUCGAUACCAAAGUAAACACAAAAUUUCAAUUUUCGAUACCGGAAGUGAGCACUUAAAUUGCUAGUAUCGGCUACUUUCGAUACCUGCCGGUCAGCGGAAAAACAUUUUACAUUACUGUAUGUAACACAGAAUAAAGAUAUGAUAGGUAUGUAACCUAAAUAAAGUUAUAAGUAAACCAAAAGCCCGAAACGUAAUAAAUAUUUUCUAUACAUGACUUGGCGCACCACAUUUGGAACACUAAGAGUUAUUUUAUGGGUUCAUUAAGUCUUAUUCAACCAUGAAGUGAAAUUAAACAAGUCGUUUAAAAAAGGGUGCAAGUAUCGAACGAUACUACCUCAGUAAUCGAUACCGAUACCGCUGUUUGUGGUAUCGCUGGUAUCGAAUACCGAGUACUCGGUAUCGCCCAUCACUAUAGGAUGGGAACCACUCAAGGAACAAAGAGUGAAAGCAAAGGCAAAAAUAAUGUUUAAAACGCUAAAUAACAUGGGGCCAAAUUGUCUCAAAGAAUUAUUUACUUUCAAAAAAGAAAUAUUAAACCGCAGUCUUCGUAACAGCUCAAGUACCAUACGUUUGCCCAAGCCAAACACAAACAAUAUGAAAAAGAGUUACAUGUAUGAUGGAGCUUCCAUAUGGAACUCUCUUCCAAAAAAUAUAAGAGAAAGUAAUUCGCUUCAAGUUUUAAAAGAAAAAUCCCUACCUAUAGCUUAUAAAGAAAACCACAUCAUUGUAAAUAGCAAACUUUUUGUAUAUAUUUUAAUAAUUUUAUAUUCUGCAUGUUAAUACUUCCUUAUUAUUUUACUUGUAACAAUUUGUUAAUGUUUUUUACACGCCCAUUGUGGAAACCAGCUUAUGCUGACAAUGUUAGCGUGGUUAAAUAAAGUUUAUCUAUCUAUCUAUCUAUCUAUCUAUCUAUCUAUCUAUCUAUCUAUCUAUCUAUCUAAUACUGUUAUCAACCAUUGCGUAACCAUCACAGCAAAAAUAUUGCUCCUGUAUCCGAAGCUUUAGGCGUUCAAUCAUUGCAAUAAUCAGGUAUUUAGUAAUUUAGAUAUUCAAUCAGUGUAAUUUUCAGAAUUAGCUAUCAAACAUUAAAAUAUGUUUGAAAAUUUCUGUAAAAAUGUAGAUCCCCCAAAAAGUUCUAGGAAUUUGGUUCCCAGGUUCCGACACUUCUUCCACUUGUGCCAAACACCUUCAAUGUUUAAUUAAGACAACCGCAUGCACAUUGAGCUCUUGUUAAAGACAUGCAUUAACAUGCAUUAGGUUGUCCAGUGCUGUUGGCUCUAUGACAUGUUUACUGAAAAUGGUCUUAACGUAUUUUAGUUCAAAGGGAAAGUUCAUCCGCAAUAUGAAAGAUAUUGUCUCAGUUAUUCCAAGACGUUACACUAUCUCGAAACACUCAAGCAAACGGAACAUGUGCAAGACUUUUUCAAGGUAAUCUGUCUUUAUAUACCAAUUACGCGACAUAUCUCAUGGCGAAAAAAACACAUCAGGGAUAUACCCGAAAUACGAAUGACUAUCUUAAUCUCUUAAUUGGAGUGGUAUAUAAUAUAACUAUAGGAUUGUAUACCAGCACCACCAGCACAAAUGGUGCUAAUAUAUAACAGCUUAUAGACAUGUAACAUUACGUCAUGUUGUUACAUUCUUACAAGUUAUACUGCGAUCGCCAACGUUUUUCUAUAUAGCAUACUCAUAUUUUGAUCGUGUUCUAGUGGUGUGAAAGUGAUCCAAGAUGUAACAGAUUAAAACUUACUGAUCUCUUGGUCGCCCCAUUUCAACAUCUUACAAAGUAUCCACUCCUUUUAAAGGUAAUAUUUUUAGAACGGUCUUUCAUGUAAUAAUGGUUCUAAAUCAUUCAAUGUUUUGCUUGAUUUUUUCGCGCGAUGCAUCUCCUUUUAACGUAAAUUCUUUAUUAACCCCUCCCCAAAGGAAUUUAUCCCCUCUUUCCCCUCCUUCACAAUAAAGAAAUACAUGUCUACUCAUUAGAUUUAUUAAUAAAUUUAAUGAUUAUUCAGCUCAUGUUAUAUUUUGUUAUCUGAUAGUGUAAAUUGACUGUGUUCCGAAUCAUGUGCCCUCUCUCUAUUACGCCCCCUCCCCCCGUCUCUAAUCCCCUCCAAUAAGUCCUCGUCAAAAACAAAUAAUGCAAUUUCCUUAGUGAUCAUGCACAUGACAUGUGUGCUAAAGAGAUGAGUGAGGGGGCACGUAACGCCCCCAAACAAGCUGCAGCAGGGGUCUAGGGGCACAGUCUUGGGGCAACGUUGGAAGUAAGAGGGUGGAGCCCCAGGAAUGUUAAGAUUUUGGGUCUUAUUUAGCCUGCGAGCAGGCUCUCUGGCUCGCAGGCUAGUGCGGAAUAUAUUUUCUGGAAGGGGGGAAUCUGAUGCAUGCAGUGCACUUUCCCCCAAUUUUCACUUUCACUAUCAUCAAUGAAUUGCCAUUGGCCUUAAUUAUUUGUAAUAUUUCCGAAAAUAAUUCCUGUAUUCGUGCUAAAUUCGUCGUAUAUAUAUUAAUUUAAUUAAUCUCGUUGCCUUUUUUAGAAUAUCCGAAAACGAACAUCCGAAGCUGACAAAGAACAAGCACCAUUGACAACAACCAUUAAAUCAGUCGAAGAUCUCAUACGUAAGUGACUGUGUAGUAGGUGCGAGAUUAAAACAGUGAGAAGAAUAAGUACAUGAAGAUAUCAGUAUAAAGCAAUAGUACAACUUGUGAAAUAAAUACUAAAGGACAGAAAUAUGAUAAUUCAUGAUAAUUCUUCAUUUUGUUUCUUCAUUACCGUUUCUUUCAUUGGUGUUGUUUCGUUAUUUUUAAUUAUUUGGUGUGUUUUGAUGUUAUUGAUGUGUACGUUAAAAAUUCUGAGCCUUUCAUCGCUGUUUUUGUUUAUAUUAAGUCUUUAUUUUUUAAAUUCUGCUUCCCACAUUACUCUGCUUCCCACAUAUCAAUAGUAUGACGUCAUAGCGUGCGAUAAUUCUCCAUAUUGCACCAUGCAUAAUAUCACAUCAUACGUCACAACUUCAUAUUGAGUUGAUAUGACGGUUUCUUGAUCUGCUUUAUUGCUUGAAGCUUGGGGAUAUCAUAAUAAUAGUAAUAAUAUAGUCUUUAUUAUCCAUCUUCAGUUAAACUGAAAAUCCUGAACUUGGAAUUUUUACUUUAUUAACUUUUGUUGUAUUUUCUCAGAUACGUGUUGGUUGCUCAGGAUUUAUUUUGUUUAUAUUUAAUAUUUGCAUAUUUGCAAAUAAUUAACAAUUAUUGGAUGAGGUUUUUGUGAUAUGCGGAAUUAUCAAGGUCGAGGUAAACGUUAUCAGCCGAGCCGAAGGCGAGGCUGAUAACGCUUACCGAGACCUUGAUAAUUUUGCAUAUCGCAAAAACCGAAUUCAAUAAUUGUUUUAUUAUACAUUUGAAGAAUAAUAAACAUAGUAUUUUAAUACUAUAUGAUUCAAUAUGACUUCUGGCAAAGCUGUUCAAGUAAAACGUUUCUAUAAACAAGUCUCCGGAAGUCCAAUAGUUAAAUUAAUUACAAAUAUAAAAGAAACAUAUUAUCGUUAAGAUGUUAACGUAUUAAAAUAUUUACUUGUUAAAGUAAACAUUACAAUUAUGAAAUGUACACUCAUUUGAAAUGUACACUCAUUCAAUUUCACGCAACCUACAGAAAAUUCAGUUAUCUGCUAUUUUCUGUAGGUUGCGUGAUUGCGCGAUUUAACUGUAAGCUCUUAGCCAAUCAAAUUGCUUUUACCAACUACAAUGUAUAAUAAUUUAAUUUGUCAUACCCGCAGUUUUUUUGCAAUCGCAAAUUAAAGAAGUUACUCUGCAGUUUUUUAAAAGAGCUCUUUCUUUUAAGACAAUAAACAGUUUUGUGUCAUAUGCACUUCAAAUUAAAUGCCACUGCUUUCACUCACCUUUCUAUUCGGCAGCACAGAAAACCGAGCUCAACCUGACAAACAGUUUGCUGGUGCCUGUUUAAUAUAUGCAGGGAACUAAAUAGCCUUAUAGGCUUCAACUAUAAUGAAUUAAACAGUUAAUCUAGCGUCAACGUGUAUUUGACAUUCAUGCAAUUUUCUAUUUCUUACAGAGGAACUUGAAGGAAAUGUUACCGUUAUACGAAAUUAUCAAAAGCUGAAAGACCUUCAGAAAAAUUUGGUUUGGCCUUCUGUUGGAGAACUGGACUCCAAAUCAUUUAUCCCAGAGGUCUAUAAAAUUUUGAAACAGAAUUUUACAAGCAUUUCUUUCUUAGUCCCACGCAGAUACGGUGUUAAUACUGUAGAAAUUGAUAACAAACUAUUUUGUUUUGCUAAACCAACUUGGGUUGUUUUACUUGCGGUUGGGUUGACUUCAUAAGCAUAUACUCUCAGUAUAGCAAUAGUUUACACGUUACCUUACAUCACCAUUGGUCUCCAUAUAGUACCGUAAGGCUUUCGGUGACUAACAUUAUUUGAUGCGUUCUCUAGCACCUAAGACAUGUCGUAUCACACCAAGAAUGUGGAGAUAUUUUGGCUAGUCCAAAGCGAGAGCUCAUUUACCAAGGACCUUUGACUUUAUACGGUAAAUUAUUAAUGCGGAAUUUAUGCAGCUGUGUUUUAAAUUGGUAUAUGCCGUAUUUUCUCUAUUAGCCCCCACCCCCCAUCAAACUCUCGCACGUUACAGUGACCUAGAAGACCAGUUCGUGCAAUUUUAAAAAAUGCUAGUCUACAGGCCCUGUCACAUUAUUGCGUAACAGAGAAACGUAUGAGAAGCGUAUGAAAAUUAAUGAAAUAAUCCAAAUUACAAAAAUCCCUUGAAAUGCCAGCGUAUGACUAUGAAUACCGUACAUCUGGCGUACCUCUAGCGUAUUCAGCGUGCGCCUGGAGUAUAAGCUUAUCGUAUAAACCAUACGUCCGAAUACGCAUAAAAUUUUUAAGCAUGCUUAAAAAAUGUUUCUGUCUGACCGGCCUCACCGUAUGCAACCGUGCUUGAAACGUAUAUACAACGUAUGCCUAACGUACCCCUAGCGUAUGUCAGCGUAUACCAGCGUAUGAGUGAUAUUUUUCAUACGCUGGUAUACGCUAGUACGAUACGCAAUAGUGUAACAGGGCCUUAAUAUAGAACAAUCUUUCGUUGGUAGGGAUGCAGCUACCUGAAAAUAGGUGUUUUAUCCCUACCAAUGAAAGCUGUUCAUUUGAUUGGCACUACCUACACUGUAAUUUCUUCCCUCGAAGUGUAUGAAAUCGGAUACAACGCCGAACCCACGUUCCCCUACUGUUUGGACCAAGUUGCACCCCUGGACUAAUAAAGCCUCUCUAUAUUUCUUCAACCUUCCUGCUCAAAUUUCCCACCUGCCCACUCCCAUAAUGGUUCGGGCGACAUGAAACACUGCCAUAUAUCAGCCACUUUGCUUAUCCACCAUGUGUGUUUACCUUUUAGAAAGCGCUAAAACUGACAUCACCGCGUUUCUUUUUGACGACAUGUUACUAUUGACGUUGACGAAAGGUGCAAAGAAGGGUAACCGACUGAGGGUAGGUAAACUUUGAAUUUUUUUUUGUUGCUGUCGUUAGUAGUCACUGUAUUAGCCUUGUUGCUAAUUUUUUUACUGUUGCUGUUGUCAGUUGUUGCUGCUGUUGUUGUUGCCAUUGAUAUCGUUGUUUUGAUAUUAUUGUUAGUGUUAGUGUUAUUGUUGCUGCUGUGGUUAAUGUUGUCGUCGCCGUCGUUUGAGCUGCUGUUGUUGUUGUUGUUGUUGUUGUUGUUGUUGUUGCCGCUGUUGUUAUUGUUGCCGCUGUUGUUAUUGUUGGCGCUGCUAAUGUUGUUGUUGUUGUUUCUGUUAAUGUUGUUGUUGCUGCUGUCAAUAUUGUUGUUGUUGCUGCUGCUGUUAAUGUUGUUGUUGUUGUUGCUGCUGUUAAUGUUGUUGUUGUUGUUGUUGUUGUUGUUGCUGUUGUUAAUGUUGUUGUUGUUAAUGUUGUUGUUGAUGUCGUUGCUGCUGCUAAUGUUGUUGUUGUUGCUGUUAAUAUUGUUAUUGCUGCUGCGUUUGUGUUUAAUUAAUUGCUGCUGUACAUGUUGCCAGUCUUGCUGUGUUGUUGUUAUUGCUGUCGCUGUUUUUAGCUAGUGCCAUCGUUAAUUUAAUUCUUGUGACCGUUUUCUGUAGAAAAUCAGCGCGUCAGCCAAUAUGCCAGAAAUGCAUGGGGUGCCCUCUCCAUUAAUGUCUAGAAAGGCACCGGAUUACACCUACAUUGUUUGGAAACAGGUAAAGAACAAUGGAUAAUUAUGAUCAAGAAAGUAAAUGUGUGUCGACGAUCUAGCUUUGCUGCAAUAAGAUGGUCUCACGUCUAAAUUACCUGAAUGGAAAUUCCAUUCUUUCUGCCUUAUAACCUGCAUGUGUGAAGAGGUUUUAUGAUGUCAGGCGAGACAGCUGCGCCUGAGUGCAGGCUACAGCUUAUGUUGACGGAAACUCCCUGAUCGAAAGUUCCUCUAGCGCAACAGGAUCUAAAAAUGUCCAUGUUAGUGCACUUGAUUAUAGUGUAUGAAAACGAAGAUUUUGUCCAGGUACUCCUCGUAUCUCGAAAGUAACUGUGGCCAAUGGCACUUUGCGAAUUCUACCGUUGCUGAUUAUGCUAACAAAGCUAACCUUCCAGUUUCAGAUGAAACGCAUGAUUUAUACAUAAUAGGGCCAUUUAUACGAGACAGAAUAAGACGCGACUUACAUAAGACGCGACUUAAAUAAGACGCGAGUUUGUCGUAUAAAAGGCACAAAAUUCUUAUGUAAGACGCGUCUUGGAUAAGACGCGUCUUACAUAAGAACAGGACUUUUAGCUGUUCUUAUUUAAGUCGCGUCUUAACUAAGAUAUUUUAGACAAAAAUCCUAACUACACAUGCCCGAAACAUGAAACAACGUAAAAUUAUUAGCCUUGCAUAUUAAAACAAAAACAACCGAAAGAACAUUAUAGCUAUCGCAAGUAAAUAAGAAUAAAGCCGUAGAGAACCAUUUAUACGAUAACUCCACUUAUUUAAGUCGCGUCUUAUGUAAGUCGCGUCUUAUUUUGUCUCGUAUAAAUGGCCCUAAUGUGCCACAUGUCAUUUUCUUGCAGCCUUUACCGAUUGAUAGGUUUAUACUUUACGACCUGGACGAUUAUCCAGGUAUGUAACAAUGUAAUUAUUCAAUGAAAUUAAAUGAACAUGAAAUGUAUAUUAGAAUAUAUGUGUACUGUGAGAACGUUUUUGAUUGGCUAAAGUACGUGCUGACGUAUGCCUCGUUUAAACAAGUCCAACAUUGUUGGUCCAACAAUUUUGGAUGAAAAUUUAAACAAUGCUAGACCCAAUCCAACAUCUUUGCCAGACCCAAUCUAACAUCUUCCGACAUCAGGCAGCAUUAACCCAACAUUAUGUCACAGAAUAAGGCACACAGAAGGUCGACUCGAGUAACCGCUGUCACGCCAUGAUUCAUCAUCAAAAUGCUGAUGCCAUGGUCCUAGCCAGUGCGCGUUUGAGAGGCAUUCCCCCUGGACGUCCGCCAUUUUGAAUAUUAUCAGGGGGUGAAUGCCUCUCAAAAGCGCACUGGCUAGGACCAUGGCGUCAGCAUUUGAUGACGAAUUACGGGUUACGCCAAAAUCAUAGGAAAAUCAUAGGAGAAACCAAAAAGUCGGCCUUCUGUGUACCUUAUUCUGCGAUAGUGUCCAAACGAGGCCAACAAUGUUGCAUCCAACAACCAGGGGUGGAAAAAAUAUUUUACCUUUCUGGGACCACAAGAGAACAUUGAAAAAAAUUCUGCGAAUAAUGAAGUAAAUCGACACUCGAAGUGUGUAACACCAACAAGUUGUCAAACUGAAUGUCAUGCUAUAUUUUAACAGAAAAUAAUUUCAGUGCACUGAGAAUCUUAAUAAUACUUUUACGAGUACAACAUAAUAUUCAUUUUGGAUAACAUGCAGCAGGUAAAUACCUGAUCCUGAGGUAAAUUUACAGAUGCCAAAAAAGCACUACUGGGGCGAUUUUCAUGGGGACAAGCUCCCUCCCCCUCCCCCAAAAAAGUUGAAAAUCAAGUGUCUUAGACUGGCUAAAAAUGCAUUUGUCAUACACAUUCUAUAGUGUAUACAUUUAUACACAAUUGCAUUAUUAAGAUAGACGCACUUGUAUAAUUGCAUUUCUGAGGUCAUUACAGUACAGGUAACUCCUUUUAUAUAAAUUUUUACAAUUAUCUUUUUUUCUUUCUUGGGGAAAUAUUUUCUGGGAACUCAAAAAAUUGGUCCGCGGUCCCAUAUUUUUUCCAGCCCUGCCAACAACGUUGGAUGUUGGACCUAUAUAUUACGUCGAGAAUCCACCAAAUUUUUCUUCUUUAUAAUCCAUAAAAUAUAUACAACUUUGUUGAACAAAAAUACUCAACGUGUACUUAGACAACCAACGUUAUAUUUUGCUUCUACAAUUUUAGGAAAUUCAAUCAAAAAUGGUUUCGUGUUGGUGCACAUCAGUCGUUUCAAACAAGCCAUCGCUAUACACACGUUGCAAGCGUCUUCUCAAGAUGUCAAGGUAAGUACACGCGGUAUGACUACAAUCAUUUUUAAAUGUGUUGGGACAGAUGCCCCAACACGGCAACUACCUGUUAUUUUUGACAAAAUUCGAUUCCCUCCCCCGGGAAGAUUAAAAAUAUUAUUUUGUAAUAUGAUUUGCAUAUAUCCAAUGAUGAUCUAAAACCACAAGUGUCCCGCAAAUGAAUGCCCGCCUUGAAAAUGAUUAUGGUUGUUUUCUUAAAAAAUUGUGCAAAAUCCUUUCAAUGGAAUAUAGCGUUUUCUGCUAAAUUUUAACAAAUAGUCAUUGUAAACAUUUCAGAAUUUUCAGGAUUGCAAGUUCACGUUGCACGCAAAACCAUGCAUUCUAUUAGCCAGCGUACUUAUUAGAUCUUCACUCGUUUAGAACAUCUGGAUAACAAAGCUAAGAGACGCACAAACCAAAUGGAAUGAACUGAUAGAGCAAGAAAAUGAACAGGAGAAAAGCCAAAAUAAUUCUCCAGCUGACAACAGAAAACGAAACAACGAAAACAUUGAGUAUCAUCGUCGGAUGGACACGGACAGUGAGAGUGCGGGAACAAACAGUGAAAGUAAUAGUAAUGAGGAUACAUCAAAUCAUAUUUUUGAUGAAGAAGAUAUGGAUAUGCAACAAACAAUUGCUGAAAAUACUGAGAUUGCUGACACUACAGACAUCACUGAGUGUGAUAUAAAUUCAAACCAUGAACAUAUUAAUGAUAUAUACAAGCAAACUAGACCGAAAGCCCCACCAAGGAAAAUUAGUCGCUUAGCCUCAGCGAUUUAAAUAUUUAAUACUGCCUGUGGUACGUGUAAACUACAUAGCGAUGUUUGUAUACGCGAGGGGCAUUUCACUCCAAAAAAGCGUACGGGAUUUUCGGAUUUUUAAAAAUCCGCGGAUUUUUUAGCGGAUUUUUCCCGGAUUUUUGAAGAGAAAAUCUGUUGGAUUUUCCGGAUUUGUUUGGAUUUUCCGGAUUUGUUCGGAUUUUUUGCGGAUUUUUUGACGAAGCGUACGGGAUUUUCGGAUUUUUAAAAAUCCACGGAUUUUUUAGUGGAUUUUUCCCGGAUUUUUAGCGGAUUUUUGAAGAGAAAAUCUGUUGGAUUUUCCGGAUCUGUGUACGGGAUUUUUGGAGUGAAAUGCCCCUCGUGUAUACGAACAGAAUAUUAAACGGGUGUAUUUCCGGUUUAGUCGUAAGUUAGGGUUAGGAUUUUGGGGGUUCAGAAUUAGGGUAAUUUGUAAUUUUAAGUUACACUCGAGAUUUCCAUCUACACGCAUAAAAAUCUCACAACUUGUCAACAAGAUAUGUUCGCAACAGGCUUGUAUAGCAAGCUUGUCAACAAGUUGUAACAAUGUUGUUAUUUUAUCAAGUUACUACACAAGGUGACAAUGUCACUCACAACUUGUUAUCAAGUUGUUAAAUUACAGGACGAUAACAAGUUAUUGGAACAAGUCUGUUGAGCUCAACAACCUUGAGCAACAAGCUGGGAACAAGCAGUGUGAACACAUCCUGUUGACAAGUUGUUAGAACAGCAUUGCUACAAGUCUGCUGCAGGUUUGUUACAACUUGUGUGCGUUUUUACGUGUGUACAAAAUCCCCUUCAAUAUUAAUUUGUGGAUAAUUGAAUUCAAAACUGGCGUCAUGCAUGCAUGCAUGCACUUUACAUUGGAUGAAUAAAUUAUUACUGUAAUGUCUCUAUUAUUUUAAAGAGAUUUUUAAGACAAUAAUUUUCUGUUCAUAUACACGUUAAGACUUGACUUAUGAUAUAGAGGUAAUUUCAUUUGUAUAUAAAUAACACACAUGCAACAUAUUACAUUAUUCAACACGAUUUCCUACCUUAUCGCAUUACACAACAUGGUUUCCUACGUUAUCCAGACCACAUUUAAUUUAAAAAAUCAAAUUACUGAAUAAACUAAUGGUGCACAUUGAAUACAAAUUUAGAAAAAUGGAUUAAAUUUGCGCAAAUUGCGUUUUCGAGAUUCUUUCUAAAAUAUUGUAACUGUAUCUUCGUAAUAGGUGCAGCUGAUAUACUGUCUGUAUAUUUAAUCAUAAUUUGUAUAAUAAUUGAUGUACAUAGAUAGAAUACUGAUAAUAAAUAACACUUGGAAAAUUAUUUUGUGAUGCAAUAUAAAUGUAUAAUAUGCGUAUUUGUGACAAAGCCAACACGCCACAAAGAAUGAGUUUGAUUAUGCUCCAUAAAAUACGCAUACUAUCCAAUAUUUCGUUCUGCUUGUCUUACAUUUCAACGUUGGACCUAAUCCGAGUGUGUCAAUUAUCUCCUGCAUGGGCAAUGAUUAAUAUUGAAUUCGUGUGAGCAAUGUAACCUCGCAACCUAGGCUCUUCCAUUCCCACUCGAAUACGCAACCUCGUACCCAGGCUCUUUCCACUACGCCGAAUACGAAGAGUGGACGGGAGAUAAAGAGCCUGGCAAGUUUUUGGGAGCUUGUGGAUAAUGGGAUAUGGUUUGGAUAACUUUCUUCAAUUGUAGUAAGGUUCUGUAAAAAUUACGAGCGAUGGUUUAGAUAUCCCGGGCGAUAUUACGUGCGAUGGGGAAAGGUAAAAACGAUAUAUGCCCAUUUUUUCGCUCUUGUCAAGUUGGCUCCGUCUUUGCGUAAACAUCAGUUAUAUCCAUUUAAAUCUAUCCAAUAGGAACCUCUCAUUUAAGCAUGUCAUGGUUAUACAACAUUCAAGUCUGGAAAUUAUUUAUAGCAUAAUUACGUAUCAGAUUCGAUUGACAGGCAUAUUGGUUUCAACAAAUGGGAAUUUUGCGUUGUAUUUCGUUUCUUUAUCUGUUGCGUCAGCAGUCCCUCCUUUCUCCCGAGGGACCGCUCGCAGUCUAGUAAAAUAAACUGGGUCGCAACAAUAUUGUCCAGGGGCCGGUUGUACAAAACUCUUAAGCACUUUUCUAAUUACUAUUUUGUAGUUAAAUAGUGAUUAACUCUCAAAUACGCGCUUCUUAUUGGAUGACGUUUCCACUAACUAUAAUUAACUUUAAUCACUUUUUUAUACAACUGGCCCCAGUAUUUUUGUUGUGACGCAAAUGCAUUAGCCUACACAAACCAACGUGGAGUGGUUGCAUGUUUUAAAACAAUAUACCAAACUUUAUUCCUUCUAUAUUCUAUUGUAUACUAACUACAAGCAAAGCUAGUUCGUGAAGAUAAAACAAACUUUCACCAAUUAUCCCCUUGCUUACCUCAUAUCCUAUAAUGCAAAACAAUUCUGUGGCUUCCUGGGGUGAGAAUAAGCAAGGGAAUAGAAGAGGAAAUAAGGGGAUAAUUGGUGAAAGUUUGUUCUCCUGCCUUCAUUCACUAACGUCAAAUACGUUGAUGUCCUUUCCUGACCCGCCAAGUACACAUUUCGUAAUUCCGAUAAGGAAAGCAAAGCUACAGUAGGCACCACUCAAUUGUCAUUUAGUUUUGAUCAUAGAAGUUCGCUGCACGCGGGCUGCAUUGUACUCUCGUUCGACUAUUUCAGCAAUGUGCUGUAGAGGAAGUCUUUGAUAGGGAAAGUUUUAUUAAUGCAGCUCUCUUAAUCUCGUCUGCUUUACACUCCGUCUUUCUGAUCACAAAUAGCGAGGUUCAGAUUUGACGUCCACUAUCUGUUACCACUACCAUUAAGGGACCAUUAGCCAAUCAGAUGCGUUUGAUAUAUCCGAUUAACCAAUCAGAUGUGUAUACAAUACGGCAGUGAAAUGUAGUGGCAGCGGUAGUGGAAGUUAAAUCUGAACCUCUCUAUUGUCUUCACGCGGAUGAUUCUUGGUUCUAUUGUCUGGUAUUACUGUUCUCACUAUCACAGGAAUCGCACGCCUGGGCAUUACCAGCGCAAUCUGCAUUUUUGUUGUCACAGCCGGUUUUAGCAGCAUUCUUAUCACCACCAUUAUCACUCUUGACCAACAUGGCAUGCGAGUCAUUGUCGAGUUUGUUCUUAGAAUGAUGCCCAACAUUCCCAUCAUGUUCACCAUCAUCAUCACCACUAUCAUUACUGUACUUGUUAUCUGGUUGUUUAUCACUACCACCAAUAGCAUGGUCACAGACUUCACCAUCAUCAUUGUUGACCAUCACGGCAGGAAAGCCAAUUUCCUGGUUGACUUCGUUUUUGGUACCAUGCUUAACAUUCCUGCCAUGCAUACCAUCAUCACCACAGUCAUUACUAUCACACUUGUUAUCUGGUUGUUUAUCAGUACCACCCAUAGCAUGGUCACAGAGUUCACUAUCAUCAUUAUUGACCAUCACGACAGGAAAGUCGAUCUCCUGGUUGACGUCGUUCUUAGUACCAUGCUUAACAUUCCUAGCAUGCGUACCAUCAUCACCACAAUCAUCACUACCACACUUGUCAUCUGGUUGUUUACCAGUACCACCCAUAGUAUGGUCACAGACUUCACAACCAUCAUCAUUGUUGACCAACACGGCAGGAAAGCCAAUCUCCUGGUUGACUUCGUUUUCGGUACCAUGCUUAACAUUCUUAGCAUGCGUACCAUCAUCACCACAAUCAUCACUACCACACUUGUUAUCUGGUUGUUUAUCAUUACCAACCAUAGCAUGGUCACAGACCAAACCAACAUUACCAACAUGAUCAUCGUCUUUUUCACAAAUAUUAAUACCACCAGUAUUUUCAUUCUUGACAUCAUAAUUAAUUUCAGAAUACUGUCUAAUGUUACCAUGGUGUGAGUAGUUCUGGCUAUCAUGAAUCGCACCGUUAACACCAUCAUCAUUUCCACACGCAGUAUUCUCACAGAAAUUAUCAUCGACUUCGUCCUCGUCCUCGUCGUCGGGUAAGCCACAAAGAAGACCGUCAUUCUCAAACGUUGGAAAAAAAUAUCUGAUAACGAU